AUGACCACCCAACCAACCACCGUGGUCUCUCCACCCACCCCAGCCCCUCCCACAACCCCCACAGUGACGCUCAACCACACCGCGUACCCGUACAUCAUCGACACGAUCGUCGCCAACUGCUCGUUUGACGCGCUCCUCGCCCUCAGGAGAACAUCCAAGACCUUCCUCGCACGCUGCAACGCAAUUCUCCUCGACCACGCUAAAUUCAACACUCGCGACGGUCCCUCCUUCCCCAGUGGUCAUGAUGACGAGCUCAACAUGUUGCUAUCGGCUCGGUUUCCAGGACGGCGCGUGCCGCCCGCCCCCCAGUACAUUCGUACUCUCGACUUGGUGGGUCACGGCCUGAUCUGGCUCACCACUCCGGUGGGCUUUACAAAACUCGAAACCCUCCGCCGCAUGCAAGGCGCAUGGAGAACGGAUGGCUUCUCUCCCUCAACGGCGGUUGUCGACUUCCUCGACUUCUCGACCAUGCCCCACUUCUGCCGUCACAUUCACAUACCUGCGGGGCCGAUCCGUUCAGUCAUCCACUUUCGGUACAACCUCAACUUCCUCCGCCAGAAAUACGUAUUCCCGACGGUGAAAAACAACGGUACGGUGGAGGACGUCACCAUUGUCCUCUGGCCCACUCAAGCGUCGGCCCAGCCCAAGGGAUUCCUCGUCUCCCUCAUCCUCAGCCUGGUCAAGGGCUGGGACAUGACGGCGGUGAAGGGAGCGAUAACGCUCGUGGGCAUGGACAGAGAGGAUGGUGGCGGAAUGGCCGCAGCGAACCUAUGGGAUAUGGUCGAGCAGGUCUCCAGCCACCCGAGGUUCUCUACCAUGACUGGUGGUCACUUGGUUUCCGACGCCAACCGCCCUACCACGAGGUUCCUUACGCGUGAAGAGUGGUGGACCGAGUUGGGUGACAGGAAGGCUGUUGAGGGCGAAUGGCCGACAACGACAGCCUGGGCCGCCGUGUAG